UUGCAGGGCAAAAAUGUGAUACGGAUAAAUAUUUGUGAUUGACUCCGGCGCAUUUUUACGAUGUAGUUUUAGGCUUUACAAAUUGCCCUAGAUUCCGACUGGAAAUCUAAGGAUUCCGGCGAGUUGUAGGAGGUGUUCGAGAAGGAAGGUGGAAGAUCGAGGUCCCUUAAAAGUCUGGCUUCCGCUGUGGCAACGAGAUCAGUACGGCGGGAAGCGCUGAUGUCGCUUCGGAUAAAGACAGUGGUCGAUAAGUUCGUGAUGGAGCUGAAGGAGGCGUUGGAUGCGGACAUUCAAGAUCGGAUCAUGAAGGAGAGGGAGAUGCAGAGCUACAUCGAGGAGCGGGAGCGCGAGGUGGCUGAGAGGGAGGCCGCUUGGAAAGCCGAGCUCUCCCGAAGAGAGGCAGAGAUUGCACGUCAAGAGGCAAGGCUAAAGAUGGAGAGGGAGAACCUAGAAAAGGAGAAGAGUGUUCUAAUGGGCACAGCAUCUCAAGACAACCAAGAUGGUGCUCUUGAGAUAACUGUUGGUGGGGAGAAGUACAGGUGCCUCCGGUUUUCAAAGGCAAAGAAGUGAAACAUCAGCAGCAACUUCGACAGAUGCUGAAUGAUGAGCCAUGCCCUUGUUAAAUUCCACUAUAUCAAGUAUUAGCCAAGACAUUACUGCAAGCAGAUGAUGUGAUCUCAGCUGAAUUAUACUAUGUCCUGUAGCAUUCAGAUGAAUAUUCUUGGCAUCAAUGUUUCAAUAAGAAUCCAAAUUUGCUGCACUUACAUUUGUUAAGAGUUGCUGUUAAGAUUGUUGUUGAGCGAUUGCAACGUUCAACGAAGUAUAUCACCAAAAUUAUUUGAUUAAUUUCAAUACUGUAAAUGGGGAUCUUGUAUCGGAGUUUGAUUGACAGAUA